UUUUCUUCUUACUUUAUUUCUGUAGCUGUCUGUUCUAUUUAUAACAAGAAAUCUGCAUCCAGAGACAUUUUAUCUGUUUUGUUUCAGUUUUGGUUUUGUCAGUUGUUACGUUUAUAUCUAAACGCUCUUACAUUGUCAACAAGGAUUAAUUCUGUAACUUUUAUAAACACCGACACAGACAAUUAAAGCAGUCAUGUCUGCGGAUCGGCAGAUGUUCAAGAAGAGCCCUCCUGGUUCGGUGGACGGUUUCGGCGGUCUGGACCCGCUUAAUAGUCCGCUGUCAGAGAUGGAGACAUUGAGGAUGUUACUUAACGAGCGGUUGACCGCAGCAGUAGAUGAUAUUUUGGGCGUAUUCGGGAGAACAGUUGCCAGGUACCGGGAGCAGAUAGACUGCCAGAAACGACAGCUAGAGAUCCUGAGGUCUGGGGAGGAUACGUGGAGCGGGACUCCAGACCCUCUGCAGGAUUCAUCCUGGAUAAAAAACUGUCCUGAACAUCAGAGCCUUGGUGACCCUGUGGCCCAGACGGACAGCCCUGCUGAGACAGAUGUUAACACCUCAGUUCCUCAGAUUAAAACAGAGGGCAGCGGGGAGGAUUGUGGAGGGUCAGCACCACACGAUCACUUUGAUGUAGCAGCUCAUCCAGAAGCAGAGGUCAAUGGUCAACUCCUCAUCGAAGACUCUGACACAGAAGACAGUGAUGACAACUUUGGAAAUAUUGCAAGACUUUGGAAAACAGAGGAGACAGCAGAAAGCAUAGAUCAGGUUGUCUUCACAGAAGACAGUGAAGACAACUUCGGAAAUAUUGCAAGACUUUGGAAAACAGAGGAGACAGCAGAAAGCAUAGAUCAGAUUUCAGAUAUGGAGGCGAAAAGCUCUGCAAAUCUGUGGCAGGAGACAGACCAACUUCCUCCCGUGUUCAGCUGCAAGGUUUGCGGCGAGUCCUUCCACAGGAUGAGCUAUCUUUUCACACACACUUCCUCACAUCUGAGAGACUGCGGCGUGUGCGGCAAACACCUGGAGCGCACGGAAAGCCUGAAGCUUCACCUCAGCGUUCACAGAGAAGCGUCGUUCCGCUGCAGCGUCUGCGGGCAGAGCUUCACCCUGCGGGGAAACCUCAGGACUCACAUGAGGAUCCAUUCGGGCGAGCGGCCGUACGCUUGCACCGUCUGCAGCAAGAGCUUCGGCCGGAAGGCGACGCUGGUGCGGCACGUCCGCAGCCACACGGGGGAGAAGCCGUUCACCUGCACCUUCUGCGGCCACGGCUUUACAGAGAAGGGGAACUUGACGGUGCACCUGCGGACUCACACGGGUGAGAGGCCGUACUGGUGCUCCAACUGCAACCGCCGCUUCAGUCAACUGUCCAGCUUCUACAAACACCCGUGUCAGAGAAGAGGCUCAGCUUCUGCCCCUGUUAAUCCCUCAUGACAGCUGAUGCACAUCUUUAGAUUAAAGUUUGUUUAUAACAGAGCAUCAAAACAAAAACUUGCAAAAUCUCAGCUGAUAUGAAACCACAUUUUGAGCUCUAGUGGGCAAUUUUAAUGAGAAAUGAUCAUCUGGUUUCCUAAGUAGUUUUGAUUAUUUCAACUUCAUUUUUGAGAAUUUACAUUUUGGUAUUUUAAAAGAUGAAUCAAAAUACUGUGAUUCAUGGUACUGAUGAUAAGACAUCAAGAUAUUUGUUUUAGAAACUUUUUUUUUUACCUUUGCUGCCCUUUUCUCUGUUCCCUGUUCUUCUUUGUAUUCUAUACUGGCCCAGAAUUUAAAAGUAAUAUUUAUAACAAGUUGACUUGCAGGUCCAUUCUCAGCUAUCUUCCUGCACAUUUAAAUAAAAAGUCACCACAAUUAACUGCUGAUCAUAUGCAAAUUAAAGAAUAUUUUAAAUAAAAUUUCUUUAGUUAUAAUUAUUAGGAUAAUUGACAAAUGUAAACUGCUCCCAAUAUAGUUUUUGAAUUUUUAAUAAAUGCAUAAUAGACUGUCAUUUUUUUAAAACAAAUAUGAUAGAAAAACAGGAGCCUUGUUGAAUCACAUUGUUGAUCAUUUCAUCUGUGUGAAACACUAAACCAAGUUGUGUUAUUGGUUCUGAAGUGGUUCUGUAAUGGAUGGCAGCUCACUCAUGAACAGUUGACUUCAUUAACAGCUUUCUCUUUUUAUAAAUUGUUUGUAUAGAAAUACUAUUGUUAAUUUUAACGAAGUGAAGUAUAAAAAAUAAUGUAAUGACUAAAUUAGGGGAUAUGUAUAAAUAAUGCUGUUAA